UUAGGUGGACAUUAUGCAAGUGCCUGUGGUCCCAGCAGCUAGAGAGGCUGAGGCAGGAAGUCGGAUGGAACCCAGGAAUUUGAGGUUGUAGUGAUGUGACAGAGCAAGACUCUGUCUCAAAAAAAGAAAAAAAUUUAGAAAAAGAUGUUUCAGUAGUGUGUGGGAGGGCCACCCACCUCACCAUGGAUUUGAAGCAUCUCUCCACCCCAGCCCUAACUCUGUACCUGGGGCAAAUCGCCAAGGUCCGGCUGACCUCCUGGGUUUCACUGUUGCGUGUCAGCUUGGGUUUAAACCACGGCUAAUACCAGAAGAUCCGAGGCUGUGCCCACUUGUCAGUUGAGGGAAUUUUGUAACGUAACGUUUGACUGCGCGCAUACGUGUGAGCAGCCCUUGCCUGCCCGCACAUCAUCCCGGGGGGUCAGGUGGCUGUCCAGCACUCCUCAGGGCAUUUCUAGGGUGGCUUUGCUUCUCCUCUGCUUCCCACAGUUGCAAACCCUCCCAGUGCCAUGACCUCUGGGGAAACUCGAUCUUACGUCCCAGGGACAAACGCUCCAGGCCCGCGGGGCUCCCAGGACACUACAGCGAUCGGAUUUCGCGUGGCCGCCCAGCUCCCUCUCCUCGUAUCCCCUCCCGCCAGGGAACCCCCGAAGCCAAUCAGAACGUCGCGAAGCUCAGGGUUGUAGAGUCCCAAGCCCGGGACCCGCCCCUCUUUGUUGCGGUGGCCAAUGGACGCAUUCGGAACAUCGGCGGCCGCCCGGGUGACUCGGUUAUAUGUCACAGAAUAACAUUCGAGAAUGGGACAUGGAAUGAGGCGGCGGCAGCAGCAGCCCCAGCAGCCCCAGCUGCAGCAGCAGCCGUGCUCGCCGCCCCCGCCACCCGGAGAGGCUCUGCAGCAAUGAAGCUGACUGUCCCGAGGUAGGGCUCCGGAGCUGCGGUGCGCGCUUCCUGCGCCCCGCGUGCAGCCAGUCCCUCCCGGUGCCGGGCUGGACUCGGGGAAAGGGGGCGGGUGGAGUUCUGCCCACCACAGCCCAGCCGGGGCCAGGGAGAAACCCAGCCGCCUUUGCAAGCCGAGGCUGCUGCAGCGCCCUCGCGCCGGCUCUGGGCACUCACUCACGUGCCGACACGUAACUUGGCUCAGCUCCUGGCUCUGCUACAUCUGGAGACCAAGCAAUGUGUGGAGCCGUGUGGGGACCUCCUGUUCCUUCAUGCUACACCAGCUGGCUUUCUUCUCCCUUCACUGUCCCCUACGCAUCCCCUACGCCCCCGGUGUUUAGGUUUGUGUGAAGCUUUGUGGCAAAACCCAAGCUUUCUAGGUAAUCUAGGUAUUCCAUUCCUAGGGGUUCUUUCAGCGCACUGGGUUAGCGGGAGGUGACGUGGAAACACUUUGGGGGCCCCUCGCUCGGGUCCUCUGGGUGUCCUCUUAGCCGUGGUGUCUGCUGUGUCUCCACUGAUUUCAGGCGCGGCCCUUAGCCGGGAGUACGGCAGCCUCCGCCGACUCCCGCCGCCGCUCUCCCUUCGCGCGUCCUGCGGCAGCAAGAGGCAUGGAGAAGGCCACCCCCGCGGGGCGCUGAUCCCUGCGCCGCGCCCGCGCGCACACGCCCCCCGCCGCCGCUGCCGCCGCCCGCGCUCCCCCGGCCCGGCGCUCCCCGCCCCGGCCCCACCAUGACCGGCUCCGCUGCGGACACUCACCGCUGCCCCCACCCGAAAGGCGCCAAAGGCACCCGGUCCCGGAGCAGCCACGCGCGGCCCGUGAGCCUCGCCACCAGCGGGGGCUCGGAAGAGGAGGACAAAGACGGCGGGGUGCUGUUUCACGUUAACAAGAGCGGCUUCCCCAUCGAUAGCCACACCUGGGAACGCAUGUGGAUGCACGUGGCCAAGGUGCACCCUAAGGGGGGAGAGAUGGUGGGCGCCAUCAGGAACGCCGCCUUCCUGGCAAAGCCUUCAAUACCCCAGGUCCCAAACUACAGGCUGUCGAUGACAAUUCCGGACUGGCUCCAGGCAAUCCAGGAUUAUAUGAAGACACUACAAUACAAUCAUACAGGGACCCAGUUCUUUGAAAUUAGGAAAAUGAGACCGCUGAGUGGGUUGAUGGAAACAGCGAAAGAAAUGACCCGAGAGUCCCUGCCCAUCAAAUGCCUUGAAGCUGUCAUCCUGGGCAUAUACUUAACCAAUGGACAGCCUUCCAUUGAGCGGUUCCCCAUCAGCUUUAAAACCUACUUCUCAGGAAACUACUUUCACCAUGUUGUGCUGGGGAUUUAUUGCAAUGGCCGCUAUGGCUCACUGGGCAUGAGCCGAAGGGCGGAGCUGAUGGACAAGCCAUUAACCUUUCGGACUCUGAGUGACCUCAUCUUUGACUUUGAAGACUCCUAUAAGAAAUACCUGCACACAGUCAAGAAGGUCAAGAUUGGGCUGUACGUCCCCCAUGAGCCUCAUAGCUUCCAACCCAUUGAGUGGAAGCAGCUGGUCCUCAACGUCUCAAAGAUGUUGAGGGCUGACAUAAGGAAGGAGCUGGAAAAAUAUGCCAGGGACAUGAGAAUGAAGAUCCUGAAACCUGCAAGUGCCCUGUCUCCGACCCAGGUGAGAAGCCGGGGAAAAUCCCUGUCCCCCAGAAGGAGACAAGCAAGCCCCCCAAGAAGGCUCGGCAGGCGAGACAAGUCGCCUGCACUGCCUGAAAAGAAGGUGACUGAUCUCAGUACACUGAAUGAAGUGGGCUAUCAAAUCCGAAUUUAGCCAAGCCAUACCGGCCAGCAAGAGGGUUUCUGUGGUGCUUCUCUCUGCACUUUAGCCAGCAUCUUCAGGAGGACUGCAACUAUUUAUUAAGAGCUUGUGAAUUUUAUUUUUAAGGAUUCACCUAGAAAUAGAAUCUGAGUGGGUGGUAACAAUUAGCUUUAAAAAUUUCACUAAGAGGCAACUGUGAAAAGGCUAAGUCAUAAGCCCCUUUGGGAUUGGACUGUUCUCCCUCACUCAAGAUCUUAAGGAUAACAACCAUAACUGUAGUUUUAUAUUUCUCCAUUUACCUACUUUCUUUUACUUGCUUUGAACAUUAUGCCUCACCAAUAGAGAAUGUUCAUGAAAUCCUUUUUUGAACUUUUGGUAUAGUAAGGUAACUCAAAUCAGUAUUACUGUCUUUUUCAGCAAUAACAGGAGCAAAGAUGGGUGGGUUUUUUUUUAAGCAGUUAAUAUUACCUCAGCAUUCUGACAUCAGAUAUGCAAAUGUAAUGGUGUUUGGUUUUUUUUUAUAUUCUAUUUGUAUUGUUUCCCCAGUAUUUCCCAGGGGGAUCUCCACAAGUUUGGAGUUUUUUCUUGGUGCACACAUAUAUGUGAUUUAAGGUAUUAUAUGCAAGUGUUUUACUAAAAAGCACUGAAAUUCUUCUGGCAAUACAAGAAACCAUUUUCAGGAUCUUGGAGUUAUUCUUUCUUAAUCUUUCGUAAAGCGUUCACUGAUAGUUUUUGUUCUUUCAAAACAAAACAAAAAAGCACGUUCAGAAGCUAGUCUAUGUUCUGUCACUAACAUUUAAACUUUGCAGACUCCAGCAAAAAAUACAAGAGGUCAUGGCAUGCGCUGUUACACAAAUUUAGCCGUAUUGCAAUUACCUCUGACAGUGACACACUUAGGCAAAGAGACUAGGGAUGAAUCAGCAGGUCUUGAGAACCAGAUAACCUUUCUGUUCACAUUUCACCCGAUUUUUAACCUCCUCAUGAGGCUUUCAUUCUGAAGAACUCAAACAAUCAAAUUAUAAGGAAGGGUCUCACUGUUGUAAAAGAUGUGUUCUGAUGUCUUACAUUAAGACCAAAUGUGAUGCAACGUGAUUACUCCCCAGCACCUUGCUUUUUAGGUACUACUUUAGGAACUAGUAUUGAAAAUACAAUGAAUUAGAGAAGCAGAACUUUUUUUUUUAAUGGAAGUCUUCUGGUACAGUGUUACACCUUCUAGCUGAUUUAGUCCAUGAAACACAGAAUGAGUAUCUGGCCUGCCUAUGGUAGUUACAGUGUAACUCUGACUGCAGACCACACGGUCUGUAGUGUAUAAAUGCCGAGAGUACUGUGGCUACUUCCUUGGAUUUAUCUUAGCAAUCACGCCAUCACAUGGGACCAAGAGGCCUAUUUAAAAAGUCUGCUAGUCAAGAAACGUCUUAUUCCAGUCUCAGUGCUUCUCCUCUGGCCUUCUUUGAUUGAAAGUGGUUAGAGGAAGGAAGUUAAAAGAAGAAAAAAAAAGAAGAAUCUGGUCAUUGGUACUCUUUACCAAUAAAACCUCUGAGGGUGCCACGGAAAGCAAAAGAGCUUCAUUUUUCAGCUAUGUGCCCAAGAGCUUUCUGCACCCUGAAAGUGAGUAUUAAUGAAAAGUACUGUUUUCUUGAAAAAGAAGGAAGUCUAAUUGCCCUUAGAUGAAGAGGACCAAUAAGUAUACAUCUCAAUUAGAUUAAAAUUCAGUAUAAGUUACAAACUCUAAGCUUUAUCUUUUUCUUCAGGAAUAGGAUCAUUAGUUUAAAUUGAGUUAUCUUUGUAUAACUUCACACAGCAACCCAUUUGCAGCCUCAUGGCCACAUGUAUUAGGAUGUUUGUAGUAGUUAGCGAAUCGUUUCAUUCUCAUUGUAAAACAUGACUGACUUAACCAUAUAUUUAUCAGUCUGAAACUUGAUUAUACCUAGUAAGUAGACUACUUACUACACUACAGCCAUUCUAAGACUUGGAAUAGGGUUUGCCAAGUUUCACUUAAGUACUGCCCCAUCUAAAAUAGAGAAUGUCACACAGUUGCAUAGCUUCUUGUUUCCCACAAACAAAGGCGGGGAGGGUAAGACUAGGAAUACAAAUUGUUUCUAAUAUGCUGAUACAGAAGCCUUAAAACUGCCAACUAGCUUGAUGACUAGUAACCUAAUUUUUUCCACAUUUGUUCCUUGAUUUUUAGACUCAUUUUCCAAAAGCAAGGUUUAGCCACACAAACAUGAAAAUUCAUUUAAUAGGUUCUUAGUUGUCAUUCUAUGCUUAUUGCCCAUGGAAUAUGUCAAUUUCUAAAAGAUAAAAGGUAGGCACCAAAUUCCUAAUUUACCCCCCACCCCCACCCCAGUUUAAGACUAUGAUUCAAAAGAUAAAAAACAAAACUAUGAAAUGAUUUGCAAUCUAGUUUUUAAAAAGGUUAUCAAUACAAGAGAAAUUCUAUGCUUAAGCAUCAUGGCAAUAUAUGCAAAGUUUAAAUGAAUGAUGACAGAAAUCUUGAUUUUAGACUAUAUAUUGUGCUGUUUUGAGUACACUUUAUUUAUGAAAGUGAUAUUUAGUAUUUUCUAUACUCUGAAAUCAUGAGCAUCUCACUUUUUCUAAGUCAAUUAUUUCAUAAGGAUUUUAUUAAUAGAUAUUGGUAAAUAGAACUUUGGAAAUCUUAAUUCAGAAUUCUUACUAUACCGAGGCUUUUGUAAGCUAUAGUUUUAUGUACAACCUUGUACAGUUUUUUUGACAUACAAUUCAGAAUCUUGUUUAUUCUCUUGGACUUUGUUCUGGCCAAUACAUUUUUUUAAAAUCUUUAAGAAAAACUGUGAUUGUUUUAGUGGGUAUUUUUCUAAGUAAAUGAAAACUUGUAUAAUGGUAUUUUAGAGAAUGCCAGAUAAGUGCAUGUUUCAAGUUAACGUUUUUCUCAUCAUUUGUGUUUAUAUGCAGCAUGGGACUUUAAUAAAACCAUCCUGGAAACUUAAGAAUCGGGUUUUUUAUUCCCCUAAAACUGUAAGAUGGUAUAAAUUUUUUUCUUGUCCUCUAUUAUGUACUUGUUCCAGUAAACUAAUUUAUCAUUUUCACCUUUCUUUCAUGAUCUUCAUACUACAUAUUUAAACAUUAAUCUAUUUUGGCACAUCUCAAUUCACUUAUUAUAGCAUCACCCCAAGUAAAAUGUAUGAAAAGGGUAAUGAAAUAGUUCAAAAGAGGCAAUAGGACAGCUUAUGUAGCUCAGUACACCUACCACAAGACCUUGCACAGAUGUACAAGUGUACUAAUUUAUUACAUAAUUGGCUCAGUACCCGUAGCACAGUGGUUACGGUGGCAGCCACAUACACCAAGGCUGACAGGUUCGAACCUGACCCGGGCCAGCCAAACAACAAUGGCAAGUACAAUAAAACAUAGCUGGGCAUUGUGGCGGGCGCCUGUAGUCCCAGCUAUUUGGGAGGCUGAGGCAAGAGAAUUGCUUAAGCCCUGCUGUGAGCUGUGAUACCAUAGCACACUACCCAGGGUGACAUAGAGAGACUAUCUCAAAAUAAUAAUAAUCAUGAUAAUAAUGUAUUACAUAAUUUAUAAGUAUAAAGUGCAAAGCACGUGACACUUCUGUUUCCCUCAACCCUUUGAACUCUCUGGAUCUCUAACUUUGGUAUUUUUGUUUUUAUUGUUUUUUUUAGAAAAGCAAAGGGUUAAAAGCAGGCAGUCGCUCAAUUCCCAAAAAAGACAAGAUUUCAACCAUGCAUAUUAUCUUCAUAACAAAAGGGUAUAGUAAAACCAAAAUUUUAUUACUCCGUAAUUCCCUUUUCCAUUUAAAACUUGAAUAGUAUAGCACUUGAGACUGAGAGAUUUGGUUUUAGCAAUUAAUCAGAUUUAAUUGUUUUUGGUAGGUAAAUACAAGGCUCCACCAGAAUUAUUAAUUCUUCUGGUCAAAAACAAAAAAGUGAAGACAGUGGAUAAUUAUUUUUAGUGGAGCUUUAAAAACCUAUGAGAAGCUUGCAUUGACUUUUUGGCCUCUGAUCCACAAAAUAAUACUUCAUUUGAUAAGCUAAGGUAGAAAGCAAUGUUAGGGAUUAGCUCUGUCAAAGUAAAGCACGUAAAGUAAUGGGCUUAAAAUCACAAUGUAUCAAUCAGAAUAUAAAAGAUCAAAUUUUCACAGAAGUUUUCAGGGAUGUCAGCUUGUUAACAAUGACCUACAUAUAAUAAAGUUAUUUGUUAAGAAGUUCGCAUAGUACAAAGCAGUAAUUAACCAAUGAAUUUUCAUUUUUUCUUUCUUCAAUACUAAAAAGGAUAAUUACACUACUUAUCCUGUAAUUUGAUAAGGACUAUAUCUGCUAAUUAGGACAUAUCAUAACAUUCUGCAAAAUACUACUAAAAAAUGUGGAAAAUCCUGGAACUAUAGUUAACACUACAAUUAAAAACUCUCGGGUGGCGCCUGUGGCUCAGUGAGUAGGGCGCCAGUCCCAUAUGCCGAGGGUGGCAGGUUCAAGCCCAGCCCUGGCCAAACUGCAACAACAACAAAAAAAUAGCCAGGCGUUGUGGCAGGCGCCUGUAGUCCCAGCUACUCGGGAGGCUGAGGCAGGAGAAUCACCUAAGCCCAGGAGUUGGAGGUUGCUGUGAGCUGUGUGAUGCCACGGCACUCUACCGAGGGCAAUAAAACUCUGCCUCUACAAAAAAAAAAAAAAAAACUCUGCAAAGUGAGAAAUAUUUAAAAGUACUCGAUUACAAGUUUUAAUAAGCAAAUCAUUAUAAUCUACAUGCUUUUUUCUGAGGCUUUCAUCUGUCUUAUUUUUUAAAAAUAAUUGUAGUAAAUGCUUUAGUACCAAAAAAAAUGUUUCAGUCCAACAUUGUGACAGCUUUCCAAUUUAAGAUGAAGCAUUCUAUUAAUAAAACUCACGGUAAAAAUGUUUAUAAUUCAUUAAAAUUACUAUGUAGUAAAAAUGCAUAUAAUCCUUUGCUCCUACUGUCUAAAAGAGGAAAUUUCCACUUUUUAUGUUUUUUUUUUUUUUUUUGUAGAGACAGAGUCUCACUUCAGGGCCCUCGAUAGAGUGCCGUGGCGUCACACAGCUCACAGCAACCUCCAACUCCUCGGCUAGCUGCUGGGACUACAGGUGCCUGCCACCAUGCCCUGCUAACACUUUAUGUUUUAAAAUUUUUGACUCAAACACUUGCAUAGAAGAUUUAUUAGACCUGCUCAUAACCACUUCAUAAAAACUGUCAGCACCAUUUCACUGAUGCAUCAGUGUAAAAGAAAAAAACAUUCUAGAAACAAAACCAACAGUUGAAAUGAUUACUUAGGGGCUGGGCACAUGACUCUUGCCUGUAAUCCCAGCACUCUGGGAGGCUAAGACAGGAGGAUUGCUUGAGGCCAGGAGUUUGAGAAUAGCCUAAGUAACAUAGUAAGACCCCAUCUCUACAAAAAAUAGAUUUAACUAGAUGUGGUGAUAUGUGCCUUUAGUCCCAGCUACUCAGGAGGCUGAGGCCAAGGGACUGCUGGAGCCCUGGAGUUUGAGACUAUAGUAAACCGUGAUAAUACCACUACACUCUAGCCUGGGCUAAAGAAUAAGACCAUAUCUUAGAGAAAAAAAGUUGAGGCACAAUACCUUACGCCUGUAAUCCUAAUGCUCUAGGACAGUGCUCAACCUGUGGGUCACAACCCCUUUGUAACAAUAAAAAUAUAUCCUGCAUAUCAGAUAUUUACAUUGUGAUUCGUAACAGUAGCAAAAUUACAGUUAGGAAGUAGAAAUGAAAAUAAUUUUAUGGUUGGGGGUUACCACAACGUGAGGAACUGUAUUAAAGGGCUGUGGCAUUAGGAAGGUUAAGAACCACUGCUCUAAGAGGUUGGGGCAGAAAGAUCACUUGAGCUCAGAAGUUUGAGACCAACCUGAGCAAGCUUGAGACCCUAACUCUACUAGAAAUAGAGAACAGCUAGAUAUUGUGGCAGGUCCUGUAGUCCCAGCUGAUUGGGAGGCUGAAGAAGGAGGAUCACUUGAACCCAAGAGUUUAAAGUUGUUAUGAGCUAGGCUGACACCAGGGCACUCUAGCCUGGGACAACAGAGUGAUAACACUGUCUCAAAACAAAGGCUAAAAAUGUAGUAGGUCUCCAAGUCAAUCCCCACACCAGAGUUUCACAGGAUUCCUAUCAUUUCUGAAGCAUAACAAAAAUAAUCUUACAGCUGCCACUUUGUUCCAAUUUUCCUAAUUAAAUAAGUUUCUAUAGAAUGGGUUCAGUAAAAUAAAAUUCCUCAACCCAGGGAUCUUUUCUGAAGCUGAAUAGAAAAAGGAAAACACAAUGCUAGGGGCCUGGCACAGUGCUCACACCUGUAAUCCUAGCACUUGGGAGGCCGAGGCGGGUAGAUUGCCUGAGCCCAGGAGUUCAAGACCAGCUUGAGGCAGAGUAAGACCUCAUCUCUAAAAAAAAUAGCCGGCUGUGUGGCAGGCACCUACAGUCCCAGGUACUUGGGUGGCUAAUGCAAGACCAUCACUUAAGCCCAAGAGUUUGAGGUUGCUGUGAGCUGUGACACUACAGCACUCGACCCAGGGCAACAAAGUGAGACUCUGUCUCAAUUAAAUAAAUAAAUAAAAAUGAAAACAAUGCUAGGGAAACAAAGACAUAAUUCCAGAGUCUCUGCCUUUCUUAGGCUUACCCCUGUUACAGGGUGGAAAAAGUAGACUUAUUUGUAAAGCACUUCAUCCUCUCACUAAUUAUGGUGGCCUAUACUGAAACACUUCAACAUUAUGCAGGCAUGUUACAUGGCUCAGGACAGGAAUAAAACGGAUUAAGCAUUUUGUACAUUUAAAAAGCAAUAUCAAGCCCCUUCAAAAACAAACUAAAAUGGUAGAUUGGACAUCUGUGAAUGACCCAAUGAUCUCUGAGAUAAACUAAGGUAAGACUGAACGAACAUAAGGGUUCUCCCAAUGAAGUCAAGCCUU